UCACCCUCCCCCCUCCCCAUCUCCACCUCCUUCUUUCCUCCUCUGUUUUCCAGGAGCUGUCGCUCUCUGUGGGUUGGGAACAUUACAGUAGAAGUUACAGAGAAAGACCUCUGGGAUCUCUUCAAAACGUUUGGUGAGAUAGAGAGCGUCAGAGUUCUUCACCAACGCUUCUGUGCCUUCGUCAACUUCAAGAACGCCAACACUGCUGCCAGAGCCCUGGAGAAGCUGCAGUGGGUGGAGCUAGGGAGCACCAAACUGGUGAUGCGGUACCCGGACCAUUGGAUCCAGUGGACUCUGCCCUGCACAUGAAGGACCAGAACCAGACUGGGCUUCAGUGCUGAAGGAACACUGCUCAGCUUCCACAGGGUUCUGAGGAAAUCACUCACCAUCCAGGUUGUUCUACAAAAGUCACAAGAGGGAAUCGAACAUGAAUCACACUUCAUACAAAUGUGUUCAAAUACACAAACAACCUCCUCUGGUUCUGACCCGUCCAGACAGACUAGUUCCCCUCCCCUCCCAAACCCCUGCACCGAGACACAUCACAGGGAGAUUUACAAAGAAAGAGGGGGAGCAGGAGGAUGUUCUGCCCGACGACACCGACAGCUGAAUGUGUGAGUGAGAAAAGAAAGAGAGAGACGGGUUCUGCACUGGGUCCAGAACCCAACCUUGUAAAUACUUUGAAUAUAAGAAGGUCUAAAAGAUUUAGAUUUAUUUGAAACGUCACUGAGGAGUCACUGAGCUCCAUUUGGAUCCCAGGAGAAACCCUGAGGAACUCCUGGUUCCUGCUGUGUGGGACAUGUCCCCUCUCGUCAGGUUUUACUGGGACCAGUGACUCUGGUUGAACCUUGUUGGAAACAACCAAAGACUCUGUGACAAACCGUUGUCUGAACACCACUGCUGCUUUGCUGCCAAAUGAAGUUAUUUCCUUUUUUUAAGUAUUUGGACAAAACAAUAAAUGAAUAAACACU